AUGGCUGAGUAUAUGUACAACCUUGGGCUUAAAACAAUCGAAGACUAUGUAAAUUUUUUUAUGUGUAAGGGACAAUACAACUGGAUGAGACAUUGUGCAGAUCAAGUCCUGGAUGAAAUGAUAGAUUUGGCUCUAUCAAAAGACAUAAAAUCAAAUAUUAUUAUAUUUGCCGAGAAUGCAAAGGUUUCGGGUGAUAAAAUAAAUAUCACUACUAUAUGUGACAAAAUACAACAUGAAAAUUUCAAGCGUGGUUGGUGGAAAGUGAUCAACAAUAAAUUAGUCUUAUAUAAUCAACAUGUUGUUAAUCACGAUGAGGAAAAAGUUUACAAAUUCGACAGUGAAAUAGACUGGACUAAGAAAACAUCUUGG